CAAGCUGUUAAUCAUUCUAUAUUGUUUUAUUGCGCACCAUAUUUCAUUUGAUUGGCGAUAAGGAUUAGCAGGCAUGACCCACGCAGUGACCACCACCGUGGCAGUGACAGCUGGGGUGCUGGUGCUGUCUACUGUCAUUGUCCUGGGCUACUUUUUCCUUGGGAAGAAAAAGAAACCCUUGGUUACCUUGCUUGAUCCCUCAGAGAAAUAUCCACUGAGACUCAUAGACAAAGAGGUAACUAGCCACGAUACACGCAAGUUUCGCUUUGCCCUGCCAAGCCCGCAGCAUGUUCUGGGCCUGCCUGUAGGAAGGCAUGUAUACCUCUCUGCUCGGAUCGACGGAGCUCUAAUUGUGCGCCCCUACACCCCUGUGUCUAGUGAUGAUGACAGAGGGUUUGUUGAUCUGGUUGUAAAGAUUUACUUUAAGGAUACAAACCCCAAGUUUCCUGAAGGAGGAAAGAUGUCUCAGUACUUGGAGAGCUUGAGACUUGGAGAUGUGGUUGACUUCAGAGGGCCUGGAGGCUUGCUUGAGUACAAAGGCGAUGGGCAGUUUGGCAUACAGAGUGACAAGAAGUCCCCACCUGAAAUGAAGAAGGCCGGCACAUUGGGUCUCAUUGCUGGUGGAACAGGCAUCACGCCCAUGCUACAACUGAUCCGUGAUAUAAUGAAGAACCCUAGUGACACUACUCAAUGCAGCCUGCUGUUUGCCAACCAGACCGAGAAGGACAUCAUCCUGAGAGACGAACUUGAGGAGAUCCAGGCCAGACACCCAGAUAAGUUUAAGCUGUGGUUCACUGUGGACACUGCUCCUGCAGACUGGGAUUACAGCCAGGGCUUCAUCAGUGCAGAAAUGAUCCACGAGCACCUACCACCACCCAGCGAUGACUGUAUGAUUCUCAUGUGUGGACCACCUCCCAUGAUCCAGUUCGCCUGCACCCCCAACCUGGACAAGCUGGGCUAUAAGCAGAGCCAACGCUUCAUCUAUUAGACACUACCGUCUGUCUUAAGCACUUUUCAAUCUAAUCCAUAUACUCCAGUGCUCUUACUAGUGGUGUGUAGAAGUACAUCUGGCUCAGGCGUUAAGUAUUUCUGAGAGGAGAAAAUGAAAUGCACUUGAAAUGAAUCGCCAUUACCGGGCACCUCAAGCUGGAUCUCCAGAAUUAUAUAAAAGCUUUAUUAGUAUAUAUUAGUUUUUUUUUUAAUGCAUGCAGCAUUAUCUCUAUAUAUUGUAUUUUCUUGUACCAAAGAUGAGCUUCUCCACAAAGAAUAUCACGCAAAAUAAAGAUCUGCAACACUUUCCACAGAAGCAGUGUGUAUCUAAUGCUGUUUAUCAAAUGUUUAGUAUGUUUAGUUUUACCUUAAUUCUAAAUUUUAAACAGCCAGAUUGUUCCCCUGUCGAAAAUGUUGCUUUGAUAUGUUGCUUGCCACUUUAAACAGUUAAAACGA